UCAGGUUCAAGUUAGUCUGGAACAGAUUGUUGGUUGAUUUGUGGAAGUUUUGAUAAAGAAAUUACAAUUUGGAUGUUGUAUCUACUCCACUUACAGACAGUAGAGCUACAUCGGUCAACAUUAAGAUGCCCUCUGCCGGUGGUGGACAGUGACGAAUGUGUAACUUCAUGUCUAAUGAGAAGUGUUUGAAGCAUGUGUGGACUAUGUGUUCCUCACACAGCUCACAUGGCAACUCAGAUUGCAGCUCAGACCACUGUAACAUUGAAGACUGAAGAAACCCACCGACUCUGCAUUACCGUCUUUGUAGCUAAUCUGCUAUUUGACCUGAAAGAUGUCCGACUCAGAGACCAUUGAAUUAGCUGCUCUUAGCCGACCUUUCCAGUUGGGAAUGCUGUAUGACUGCCGCAGAGAUGCCCUCAUUCCAGGGAUCACACUCUGGGAUUCGGAGAUGCUGAUGAGAAAUGUAAAUGUGCGUCCACAGCCCAACACCGAAUUCAAAAUCAUUGCAUCAGAUUCCUCUGAAGACAAGUUGUCAGCUCUGAAUGUGGCUGCAUCUCUCGAGGCUAGCUUUCUUUCUGGGUUAGUCAGUGUAAAAGGUUCAGCGCAAUAUUUGAAUGAUAAAAAAAAAUCAACGCGCCAGUCUCGAGUCACCCUACAGUACAAAACUACUACACGCUUUGAGCAGCUGACCAUGGAGCACCUUGGGGCUGGAAACGUUCAGCAUUGUAAUGUAUUUGAGGAAGGCUCUGCCACACAUGUGGUCACUGCCUUGCUGUAUGGAGCCCAGGCAUUUUUUGUUUUUGACCAAGAGGUUUCAACCAAUGAAAGUCACCAAGAAAUACAUGGGAACCUACAAGCAUGUAUCAAAAAAAUUCCAACAAUAUCAAUUGAAGGUCAGGCUUCUUUGGACAUGACUGAUGAUGAAAAUCAGCGCACCAACAAAUUCACUUGUACCUUUCAUGGAGAUUUUGCACUGGAAAGCAAUCCAGUUUCUUACCAAGACGCCAUUAAGGUGUACUCCCAAAUCCCGAAGCUUUUGGGGGAAAAUGGAGAACAUGCAGUGCCUGUAUCUGCAUGGCUGUACCCCCUGAGGAAACUGGACUCAGCAGCGGCCCAGAUGGUCAGGGAGAUAAGCGUCAGUCUGGUACGGGGUGCCCAGCGCAUCAAGGAUGAACUGGACGACGCUGAUAUUCAGUGUCAGGACCUGAUGAAAGUUGACAUGGCUAUUCAGUUUCCAGAAAUCAAGGCAAAGCUUAGAAAAUUCAAAAGCUUGUGUUCAGAGUACAAACUGGUGUUCCAGAAACAGCUCAGCAAACUUCUUCCAUCUAUAAGGGGUGGAGGUAAGGAGGAACAAGAUCUGGUGACCUUGCUAACCAGAAAGGAAAGGUCGCCAUUCCGAAGUGUCCUGAUGUCUGCUUACCUAAAUGAUAGAGAGCGGGAAAUGAAUGUCAUCAGAUCCUACUUGGAGAUCAUGACAGAAGUCCCAGUCCUUUCCUCCAGCAAGGAUUUGGACAAAGCAGUGCUGAAGGCCAACACUGACUAUGUAGUGGCUUUUGCAUUCUCCUCUCUAAAAGAAGAAGAAUCAUACCUUUCAGACCUGGAGAACUAUCUAAAGGGAGUGUCAAGGAGCGGCGAGGAACACUUUUCCUAUGAGGCAACCUCUCCAAAAAAGUCUGAACAAUGGUUUUGCUCAAAGGAUGUGACUGCACUUACCAGACAGAACGUCCAGCUAUUUCUAGACUUCAAAACAGCCAACAGUGGAAGACAAAAUAUAGAUUUCUUCAUUGUCUCCAUUCCAGACAAUCUCAUUACAGCCUCAUCAAUCCAUGUUUAUGAGAAAGGCACGUGUCUGAGCUCUGAGUUCGAGCUUCCAUCUAAGCCACCUGUGCCCACUGUCUUGAAGGCUGAGCAUGACCGUAUCCACUUGCAAAUCAAGCCCCUAGCUCACGGCAUUAGUAGUGUGGAGUCAUAUUGUGUCUCCCAUCAGACGGUGCCAAGCUCAGACUGGACUGAAGUGACCACUGAGGGGAAUUCUCUCAAUGUUACAGUCAAGCAGCUGGAGCCGAAUAAAGAGUAUCGCUUCAAAUGCAAGGCUGUGUGCCGGCCAGGGAUGAGUCUCAGUAGCGAGGAAACCGCAUUUUUCAAAACCCGUCCAUGCGGGCCUCCUGGAGCACUCAGAUUGAAAUCUAAGGAGUCUGAUAAAAUAACAAUCACAUGGGACAUGCCUACAUCUAUUGGAGAGGACAUCCAGGUCAUUGGGUAUGUGGUGGAAUUCCAGGAGCAACCAAAGAAGGAGCAGACAGCUGAAGUGUGGGAGUCUGUAAGGAUCGCGAACAGACAGUACACAAUUCAAGGACUGAGAGCAGACACCGAUUAUAGGAUCAGGGUUUUGGCCAACUGUGCUCCUGCAGGAAUGAGCCUUCCCAGCCCUGAAUCUGUGUUUACUACUACCAAACUGUCUGACAAAUCAGUGCAGAUGAAGUCAGCUGAGGCCAGUAGUCAGCUAUUUUUGGAGAAAUCCUUUCUCCUGAAGAAAGGCAAUCCCUCCGUCUAUGUUCUGAACCAAGAAACAAAAUUUCGUGAGAAUGAGAAAUUUAAUCAGUACGCCUUUGGAAAAAAAGUAGAGCAAGGGCAAAACAAAGUGCUCCUGCUGUUAGGGUCCACUGGUGCUGGUAAAACAACACUUGUCAACGCUAUGGUUAAUUACAUUCUUGACGUGAAGUGGCAGGAACAUCAUCGCUUCAAACUGAUCCAUGAAGUCACCAAUCGGACACAAGCAGAAAGUCAGACAUCUGAGGUGACAUCAUAUGAGUUGUACAACCAACCAGGCUUCCGGGUCCCCUACUCUCUGACCAUCGUGGACACUCCAGGAUUUGGAGACACUCGUGGAAUGGACCACGAUAAACUUAUCAUUGAGCAGGUGAAGAGUUUCCUUUGCAGUCCUUUGGGGAUCGACCAUAUUGAUGCCGUCUGCUUUGUCGUUCAAGCCUCCCUUGCCCGCCUUAGUGCCGUCCAGAAGUACAUCUUUGACUCGGUCCUCUCGAUCUUUGGCAAAGACAUUGCGGAGAACAUAAUAAUACUGGUGACAUUUGCAGACGGGAAAGAUAUUCCAGCCCUCGAGGCCAUCAAGGCUGCAGGUUUGCCAUGCCACAAAGAUAGCAAGGGCUCUCCCACUCACUUCAGGUUCAAUAACUCAGUAAUGUAUGCCCAGAAGAAUGUGAAAAACACCUCUGAAAGCGAUUCGGGUGAAGACGAUGCGGAGGAGGAAGAUGAUGAGAAGCUUAAGGAGAUUGUCUGGACCUCCAACUUCAAACAAAUGAGCAAGUUUUUUGUUAAAACUCUUGCAGUCAUCAACAGCAAGGAUCUGACAUUGACUAAAGAGGUCUUGGAGGAGCGAGAGCGUCUCGAGAAAGCCAUGGCUGACCUGACCCCACAAAUCACUGCUGGUCUUUCUAUGCUAAAUCAGAUCAAAGCUUUCAAGGAGGGCUUGAAGAACGAGAGCUCAAACAUGAAGCAAAAUGAGAACUUUGAGCAAGAGGUGCCAGUUCUCAAGGCAAACAGAGUACCUGUUAAUUGCUACGCCGUGAACUGCAACAAAUGCCUGUUCACAUGUCACUCAAACUGCUUCCUCCCUGAAGACGAUCAUCUAAGCACUUGUGCUGCAAUGGACAAGACUGGACACUGCACCGUCUGUUCUGGCUUCUGCGAUCAUUCUGCUCACGUAAAGGAGAAAGCCUUGUGGACCUACGAAACAAAAAUGGAGAAGCAAACCAUGAAUGAGCUGAAGGAGAAAUUCAUGAAAGCCAAAGGGAAAUUCAUGAACACCAAGCAAAUGCUGGAGGAGCUCGAAUCUGAAUUUGAUGUAAUAGAGGAAAAGCUGAGGCAGCUGAUUAAACUGUCCUCCAGUUGCCUUCAGAGGCUGAAUGCGAUCGCACUGAAGCCAACAUCCCUGUCCACAAUGGAGUACAUUGAAAUACUCAUUAAGACAGAAAAGGAGGAGAAGAAGCCUGGAUUCGAGGACCGCAUAAUUGGGCUGCAAAAAAUUAAGCAAGAGUGUAUCAUUUUGGACAAAAUUGCAAGGGGAGAGGAUCUGCUCGAAAGUGAGCAACAGGUCAUUGUGGAGAGAAAGAGACGACUGAAGACGGUCGCAAUGAAGGCUAAGAAAAUGAAGGAUGUUAUAAGACAAUGGGAAAAGGUAACGAAGCCUGAGUAAAACACAGGGUGAUCUGUAAGGGUGCAGUGGGAAAAGAUUGGAAGUAAUCAUUCAUUUGCAUAUUCAUACAGUGUCUGAAAAUGUAAGCAGCAAAUGAACCUUGCUUGUAAUUUCUUCCUUGUGAAACGUCCUUGCAAAUUAGGAAAUUCUUGAAAGGGUAAAUUGCUAUUUUCUGGGAUAAUCUUACCUGAUAAUGGAGGGAUUUUGUUGUAAAAUACACUUUCAACAUUUUUUUUCAUAUAUUCAUUGCUAGAAGGGGGGGUUUACAUAUCGCUACUGUCAGAACAAAACUUUGU